CAGGUGCCCGUCUGUAUAUUGACUAAUAUCUAUCUAUAAUCUAUGAUUCGAUUUAAAACGCAUGGACAGUGGAAUUUUUCAGUGAUUUGAUUUAUUUCAGCACUUAUUUGGAAUCAGAUCUUUUAGUUGAUAUUCUGAUAUAAAGCAAGAAGAAUGAGUUCGGCUAGUAAUGCCAUGGCAGGAGGAGGUGGUUUAUUCUCCAUGGUGGACCUGUUUGUAUUGUCAGCUGCUGGAGGAUUCGCUAUAUAUUGGUUCUUCAUUAGAACUAAAAAACAAGAACAACCAACUUUUAAAAAGCUCACUGUAUCACCAAUAGUAGAAAAAGGCAGCUCAUCAGGUUUUAUAAAUAAAAUGAAAAAUACAAAUCGGAAUGUAGUGGUAUUCUAUGGGUCACAAACUGGUACAGCAGAAGAGUUUGCUACCAGGUUAGCUAAAGAUGCUACAAGAUAUGGUAUGAAAGGCAUGGUGGCAGAUCCAGAAGAAUGUGAUAUGGAAGAUUUAUCUCAGUUAAGAGAUAUAGAAAAUUCACUAGUAAUAUUUUGUUUAGCAACGUAUGGUGAAGGUGAUCCUACUGAUAAUGCUCAAGAAUUCUAUGAUUUUCUACAGUCUGGAGGAGCUGAUCUAGAUGAUGUUAAAUAUGCUGUAUUUGCACUAGGUAAUAAAACCUAUGAACACUUUAAUGCUAUGGGUAUCUAUGUUGAUAAAAGACUAGAAGAACUAGGUGCUAAAAGAGUUUAUGAAAUUGGACUAGGAGAUGAUGAUGCCAAUAUUGAAGAAGAUUUUGUAACAUGGAGAGAGAAGUUCUGGCCAGCUGUCUGUGAAGAGUUUGGUGUUGAACCUACUGGUGAUGAUUCUAACCAAAGACAAUAUACUCUAGAAGUUAUGUCAGAUAUACCUAGAGAAAAAACAUACCAUGGUGAAAUUAGCAGACUUGGUUCAUUUGUUAAUCAAAAACCACCAUAUGAUGCUAAGAAUCCAUUUAUGGCGCCGAUGACAGUGAAGAAAGAAUUACAUAAAGGUGGAGGUAGAUCUUGUAUGCAUAUAGAAUUUGACAUAACUGGUUCUAAAAUAAGAUAUGAAUCAGGAGAUCAUGUAGCUGUUUAUCCUAUCAAUGAUUCUAAAUUAGUAGAGAAAAUAGGACAACGUUUAAAUACAGAUCUAGAUACAGUCUUUACUCUUACUAAUGUUGAUGAGGAGGCUAGUAAGAAACAUCCAUUCCCCAAUCCAUGUAGUUAUCGUACAGCAUUUUUACAUUAUCUUGACAUCCAAAGUCCACCAAGAACACAUAUAUUACGGGAAUUGGCUGAAUAUGCUGAAGAUCCUAAAGAGAAAGAAUUUCUAUUAUCCAUGACUGGCUCAGAUGGCAAGGACCAAUAUAAUGAAUGGAUUGUUAAAGAUCAUCGUAAUAUUGUAGCCAUACUAGAGGAUUUAAAAUCAUUAAAACCACCAUUAGAUCAUAUUUGUGAAAUGUUGCCAAGGUUACAAUGUCGUUAUUAUUCUAUUUCUUCAUCUGCUAAGGUACAUCCUACAAGUAUACAUAUAACAGCUGUAUUAGUAGACUAUAAAACACGUACAGGAAGACAGGUAGAUGGCGUUGCUACAAAAUGGCUGUCAGAGAAAGUUAUUAAUGAUGACCAGAAACAUACCAUUCCUAUCUUUGUCCGUAAAUCACAAUUCCGUCUGCCUUUUAAACCAAGUACACCAGUUAUUAUGAUAGGACCAGGAACAGGGUUAGCUCCCUUCAGAGGCUUUCUUCAAGAACGUGAUUAUUUAAAGAAAGAAGGCAAACCAGUAGGAGACACCAUAUUAUAUUUCGGAUGCCGUAAUAAAGUUCAUGAUUUUAUUUAUGAAAAUGAGUUAAAUAGUUUCAAAGAGAGUGGGGCUUUAACCAAAUUACACAUAGCUUUCUCGAGAGAUCAAAACAAGAAAGUCUAUGUCCAACAUUUAUUAAAUGAAAACAAAGAUGAAAUCUGGAAUGUUCUAGAAUCUGGAGGACAUAUUUAUGUUUGUGGGGAUGCUCGAAACAUGGCACGUGAGGUUCACAGUACAUUAGAACAGACUGUAGUAGAAAAAGGCAACAUGGAUGCUGCCAAAGCUGCUGAUUACAUUAAAAAAUUACAAUCAAAGGGACGCUACUCUUGUGAUGUUUGGAGUUGAAGAAUGUCGUCUGCUGUGUGUAAAAAUAGAAGUGUACUGUUGAGUCAUUUUUCACAUCAAAAACUAUAUAGAAUUGUAUAUAACAUUGUUUAUUAAACAUUUAUAUUAAAGGAUACAGCUAUUCGUAUAAUAUCCAUAAAUUAUCUGCUGCCAGUUUGCCUGGACAAAUGCACAGCACAAUAACAUAGACUGAAAUAAUUUGACACCAAAUGAAGACACCACUAAAUUUACAAAUGUUCCCUGUCAAUCAUACAUUAUAUCAAGCUUUAAGAGGUAUAAAUAUCAGUAAAAAGAAAUACUUUUCCAUUGAAUAUAUUUUGAUGGGCAACAAAAUACACCCAAUUUUACAAAUGUGCUCUACCAAUCUUACAUAUAGAGUUUCAUAUUGAUAUGGAAAAUGCAUGAGUGG